UGCCGCAGACAUGGGGCACUCAGUGUUUGCCCUGAUCUCGCUCAGUGCCUGUCUCGCCUAUGUUUGUCCAGACGUUGGGGUUCUGCAGCCCGAGGUGCUGACUGUGAGGGCGGGUCAGACCGCCUCUCUGGAGUGCGAUGUGAGGAAACAUGAAGGGUACUACAUGCAAUGGUACAAGCAGGUCCCGGGGGAGGCGCCGCGCUUUCUGCUCCAGUUCGUUUACUCAGAGAAUAAACACGAGAAAUACGGCUCCGGCUUCUCCAAAGACCGCUUCACAGGCAAAGGGGACAGCACCGGAGCAGUUUAUCACCUGAUCAUCAACAGUGUGGAGUUGGCGGACACGGGGCUGUAUCACUGUAAAAAGACCUACAAAACGAGCAGCGGCACCGUACCACACUCUUACUAUCAUUAUCAUCGUUGGGAAGCGGCUGCGAGCCGUGACCAGCAGCGACCUGGAGGGCGGCUGAUGGGAAGCAACUGGCGGGGGCUUCUGAGCUGGAAAUCCGGGCUGUGGGUAUCGGGUCUGCAGCUCCCACCGCCUUCAGUGUCUGUGCUGCGAGCUGCCGAGCCGGGCGGGGGCGGGGACCGUGCCGUGCUGGGCCAGGCCAGGCUGGUGUGCCAGGUCACCAAGCUGUCGGUGGGAUUAGUUGACGUGGAAUGGGUGGUGGACGGGAAUUCCACCUCGAUCGAGGCGCAAACCAGUCAACCUGUGCGGGAGCCGGACAACACGUACACUCUGAGCAGUUACCUGAGCGUCCCGGCCGCAGACUGGCACCAAGGCAAGGUGCACUCGUGCCGAGUCCGGCAGGGAGGCAGCCUGACCCAGCGGGACAUCAGCAGCGCUGCCUGUUAGCCCGGGCUAACCCCCGCACCCACCGAGGGCGCUCCUCCUGUGCGCAACGCUUCAUCUUUGCAGCGUUUGAGGCCACGGACCUGUGGAGUAUCACAGGACGGGGUCGUCUUCUAAUGAAUAAAAAAAAACAUCUUAA